AUGGGUUCCCUCUUCGCAACCGAAAGCAUCAACGGGCAAGUUAUCGUGUACUCACGGUACUGUCCCUUCAAGCCCAUCAAACUCGCCGUCAUCGGAGCAGGCAAUGUCGGUGCCUCCACAGCCUACGCCCUGAUGCUCAGCGGCCUAGCCGCCGAGAUCGUCAUCAUCGACGUGAACCAAUCCAAGGCCGAGGGCGAAGCCAUGGAUAUCUCCCACGCCGUGCCCUUGUCCUCGCAAACCCGCGUCUACGCCGGCGGCUACCGCGACCUCUACGAUGCUGCCGUAGUCAUCGUGACCGCUGGCGUCAACCAGAAGCCCGGGCAGACCCGCCUCGAGCUCCUGCAGGCCAACGCCAACAUCUUCCAGAAGAUCAUCCCCGAGGUCGCCUACCACGCCCCCAAGACCACCCUCCUCAUCGCCACUAACCCCGUCGACGUCCUCACCUACGUCGCCUACAAGCUCUCGGGCUUCCCCUCCCACCGCGUCAUCGGCUCUGGAACCGUGCUUGACUCGGCGCGUCUGCAGACUGAGGUCGGUGCCAUGUUCGAUGUGAACCCCAGGUCCGUCAACGCCUUCGUCAUCGGAGAGCACGGUGACUCCGAGGUCGUGCCGUGGUCCCUUGCUACCAUCCAGGGCAUGCGUCUUCGCGAUUUCUGCAACGGCGCCGAUAUCCCUUACGAGGAGAAGUCGGUUCGCGCUUGCGCUACGAGGACCAAGACGGCCGCUUACGAGAUUAUUAAGCGGAAGGGCGUCACUGACUUUGCUAUCGCUUCGGCCCUCACCACCAUCGUCAGGGCCAUUGUGCGGAACGAGGAUUCGCUCCUCACCGUCUCGAGGGUCGGCACCUAUGCCGGCGUCGAGGAUGUCUGUCUCAGCGUGCCCGCUAGGGUGAACAGCAAGGGUGCCAGGACUCUUUCGAGGCUCAUUCUUGAGCCUGAGGAAGAGGAGGCUUUGAGGAGCUCGGCGCUCCAGAUUAAGGAGGCGAUCAACUCGCUCAUGGACCCGAUGCAGACCAGCUAG